UUCCAGGCGGAACGAGAGUAUGAUGGCGGAACCAGGAUCCCGGUGGGUAUAUAUAUAGGGCCGCGCAUCCUCAAAAUAGCAGUGUUCGUGGAGCAGUCAGCUGGACCACAAUUCCGUCAGCAACAUGAAAGUUCUGUGUUUGGUGUUCGUCGUGGUGGUGGCCCUCGCUGCCCUGUUGGGGUCUGCCCGAGCUAUGCCUGACCCCUACCCCUUAGCUGACCCUGAUCCUUCUCCUCUGGCUGACCCACACGGCGGUUGGGGCGGUUGGGGCGGUUGGGGCGGUUAUGGUGGUGGCGGCUUCCGUGGUGGUGGUGGCGGCUCCCGUGGUGGUCAUGGCAGCUUCCGUGGUGGUGGUGGCGGCUCCCGUGGUGGUCGUGGCGGUGGCCGUGGAUAUGGCGGUGGUGGACGUCAUUGGUAAGUCAAAGAUGCUGCCUCCAGCUGCCCAUCUGACCGAGGACCCCCUCCAUCCUACGCAAAGGAACACCCACUAGUAUGAACUAACUACGUGUAUAAGUAUAUAUCAUGAAAACUACAACGAUGAGGACAGAAAAUGAAAUCACUAAACAUUGAGGAAGACAAAAAGACCUGGUGGACCGCGGCGAAUAUAUCCUCAAGACACAAUUCACAUCCAAUCUUCAGCACCUCCAACGUCCAACAUCUCCAGCGUUCAAAAACUUCAACAUCUAGACACCUCUGGCUCCUGGUUCCUCCUUGCUGUAUGAUGUUUACCAGCUUUCUCUUAUGUAGUUAUCAAGUGUGAUGUGUAAAGUGUGUAAGAAGAACAAAUAAAAUACAGUCAUAAAUGUAAAA